AUGUUCCCCAGUAUGCCCUUCCCGUUAAACGACUUGCUGUAUGAUGACGAGCUCGAACAUUUCGCCCUUAUGUACGCUCUCCUCUUCGAAGAAUCCGAGGAAGAUGAAGGCGAUGAGGACGAUGAGGGCGAUGAGGAACAUGAAGGCGAUGAAGACGACGAAGACGAUGGAGAUGAGGAGCAUGAUGAGGAGUUUGACGACGAAUUCGCUGAGGAAUUCGAGGAGGAAGAGGAUGGGAAGGCUGACUCCGACCGAGAGUGCACCAAGAAACCACUGGAUCUGACUUGGCUCUUCAAGAUGGACUUCUGCGCCAAGUUGUGCAGAGAAUAA